AUGGAUGCUCUUAAUAACCAGCUAGAAGACUAUGUUGUUGAGAAGUUGGAAGAAGGAAAUUAUAAAGCUGUAGAGGCUAAGCUGACGUCUGCUGGUACUGAAGCUGUUACAAAUUCUUUUUUUGGUUUGCAUUCGCAACUCUUCAGGCAUUACGUCAAAGUAGCGGAGGAGUGCUGCCUGGAAAAUGAAGAUUUGUUGCGGUUUUUGCUGAAGUAUAUUGCUCAAAGAGCUGAUGUUAAUUCUAGGUAUGUCUCAGUAUUGGAAAUAUACGAGGAGGUGGCUUCAUUAAAGUCAUUAUUGUACCUGCUUGAAGAACUGCAUGAAAUUCUACCAUCGAAUGGAAAUUGCGAAUUGGAUUAUCCACUGUUGGAUGAACUGCGUGAUGAUGUUCUUCCAUAUUUCCUCCACAGGAUGCGCGGUUUUUUAAACGAGAUAGAGAGUGACCAGUACAGUCAAGUAUUAUUAGCGUCUCUUUCAUUCAUAGAAGUAUUUCGUAAUUGUCACUGUGAGAAUUAUUCGUUAACAGACACUUUGAUAACAGAUGUGGUCUCUUAUCUACCAAUUGUUAGUGACUACACAUACGAAGUUUUGAAAAAAUACGUCUGUUGCUACAAGGAAAGGAAUAAAGAUGUAUCUCCGUACCCGGUCUUAUUAGCAGUAAGCCUUCAAAGUGGAGACGGUUCUUCAGCAGUUGGAUGGCUAAUUCCUUUUUUAGUUUAUUCGCCUAGCUAUAAUGCAGAUCGUUGCUUUCCUAUAUUUUUGAAAUGCCUGGAAACGUCGGAAAAUAAUUGUUAUAGCCUAUCUUUCGUAAAUAAUUCAUUGAAAGCCAUUAUAUAUCCUGUUGAAAAUGAAACGUUACCACGGAACUCUCUUGCCAGUCAUAUUGAUUUUUUGGGACAGUAUUUGGCUUCAAGCGUUCAUCCUGCUAUGCAUGAAAAAUUACGACGUGACUGUUUGGAAGUUUUUAGGGAGUUGAUUCUCAAAUAUGAACCGGUUGCACAAGUUUUGCUUAUUCGACGCAUUAUAAGUUUAAUAAUGCGCGAUAGUUAUGAGAAUAUCUUGGAGCCUCAAGCUAUAGCUUGGCUUUUAGACUAUUACAGAAGCCAGUUGGGAAAACAUUACUGCUUCAAAGCUGAACUUGGCUUUUUGUGGGGCGAUUUAUCAGGAAUUCAUUAUGAAAACUUGCAUGGUGCUGUGAAUUAUUACGCUGCUUUGAUGAUUUUAGCGCAGUAUCAAGCCUUAUUAAAAGUCAAUAAACCACUUCUGAAAGCUGUGAGGAAGGAGGUCCUGGAACCCCUUCAAGCAAACAUUGCGGAAUGGAGCCACUUGACAGAAAUGAAGAAAACCAAAGAGCAGGAAACACUUCCGUAUUUGCAAACAAUGAUGCAUGAGACGUUUAAAUUUGUGGAUAACUUUUUAGAAGAAAUUUCUCUUCCUUAA